AUCACAUUCUGGACUCUUGCGUUUAUUAUUUCGAAUCCAUUUGUUUAUAAGACUGUUAUGAAGGAACUAUGUUCUGUCGUUGGUGACCAAGGUGAUAAAAAGAUCAGACUGGAGGAAAGUGAUCUACAGAAGCUUCCAUACUUAAAAUGUUGCAUUUUAGAGGCAAUUCGUUUGCGAGCUCCAGGGGUUAUAUCUAGAAAAGUGAUGCAACCUUUAAAAAUUAAAAAUUACAUUGUUCCUUCGGGUCACAUGCUCAUGUUGUCCAUUUACUGGGCACACCGGAAUCCCAAAAAUUUUCCUGAUCCUGAAAAGUUUCUUCCCGAACGAUGGAAGAAGGCAGAUAUAGAAAAACCUGUCUUCUUGGAUGGCUUCCUGGCUUUUGGAGGAGGUAGAUAUCAGUGUCCAGGAAGAUGGUUUGCACUGCUAGAAAUUCAAAUGUUUGCUGCUCUUAUACUCCACAAAUAUGAGUUUACUUUAUUGGAUCCUGUUCCAAAAGAGAGUCAACUUCAUUUGGUAGGAACCCAACAGCCAGCAGCUCCCUGCAGAGUUGAAUAUAAAUACAGAUGACCAAUAUUUACUGCAAACACAGCUGUGCACUGCAUGACCAGUGUACUCAAAAGUAGUUUUGAUAACAUGUUAAAAUAAAGUUUUUCUUUAAAAUAA